AUGUCCUCUGCCAAAACACCACUACCAACCAAGAUCCUCCUCCUCGGCGCCGGAGAACUAGGCACAGCAUUCCUCCCCCACCUCAGCGCCCUCCCCAACACCCACAUAACAAUCGGCGUCCGCUCCCCGCAGAACUACACCCACCUAACCACAUCCAACAUCACCCUGACACCCCUCGACCUAACCAGCUCCUCCACCCACCUCGCAGAACUCUUCUCCCACUACGACAUCCUAAUAUCUGCCACCGGCUUCGGCCAAGACACCACCUCGAUCCCCAAACUCGCCACCGAAGCCCUAGAAGCAGGCAAACUACGCAAAGCACGAGGAGAAAGCAAACUAUGGUUCUUCCCCUGGCAGUGGGGAGUCGACUACGACGUCACGGGGGAUGUGGAUGGGCUUAUGCCACUAUUCGGCGCGCAGAAGAGUGUUCGCAAUCGAUUGCGCGCUGAAGCUGAGGACAGCCAUGUUCAAUGGACGAUAGUGAGCACGGGGAUCUUCAUGUCGUUUCUAUUCGAGGAGUUUUGGGGGAUUGUAGAGAGGAAAGGUAAGGGGGAAGUCACAGUGCGCAGUCUGCGCGAUUGGGAGCACGGCGUUACUGUCACGGAUGUGCAGGAUAUCGGGCGAGUACUCGCGCGGAUUGUAGCUGGGGAUGUGGAUGCGGAGAAUCGCGUGCUGUACCUUGCUGGUGACUCGAUUCGGUAUGGAGAGCUGGCUGAUUUGAUUGGGCGUGUUACUGGAAAGGAGGUUGUGAGGGAGGCGUGGAGUGUGGAUCAUCUCAAGGAGGAGCUGAGAAAGGACCCGGAGAAUGGGAUUAAGAAGUACAGGCUGGCUUUUGCGGGAGAGGGUGUCGUGUGGAGCUCUAAAGGCACGGUGAAUUAUGAGCUGGGCAUUGACAUGUUGGACUUGGGCACAUAUGUAAAGAGGCUCUUUAGCGAGCUCAAGUAG